AUGGACGGGGAGACUUUGGGCCUGGUCGAGAGUUGGACCGAAUGGGACCAGCUCCGUGAAGUGUGGGUGGGAUCGUUGGAGUACAAGUCGCUGACACCGCCGGAGGAGCCAGCCGUCGCAAGAAAGGUGGCCUGCUACCAGAAGUACAACUGGCCCCUCAGGGAUGGUUUCGCCACAGAUGCCGACUGCCUGGCAGAGGCCAAGAGACAACUGGACAACUAUGUGAAGGUCUUGAAGCAAGAGGGCAUCAUCGUACAAAGGCCCAAGCCGUUCGAGACACAGAAGGCGAUCCAGACCCCGAUGUGGUCCAUCGACAGGAUGGGUGGUUUCACCUGUCCCCGAGACUUGUUCUUCGUGGCUGGCAAGCAGGUCAUCGAGGCACCGAUGAGCUGGCGCAGCCGCUACUUCGAGCACCUGGCAUGGAGGGACUUGCUGAUGAGCUACUACCAGUCAGACCCCAGGAUGCGAUGGUCAGCCGCUCCGAAGCCCAUGCUCUUAGACGAAAGCUUUGGUGGUGAUGGUGAGGAGCGCACUAUUCGGAAUUCGGAGAUUUUCUUCGAUGCUGCUGAUUCCAGGCGCUUCGGAAAGGACGUGUUCUUCCAGAGUGCGCACACCGCCAACGACCUAGGGCGAGAGUGGGUGCGCCGGGAGCUUGCUGCUCAAGGCACCCGCGUCCAGGACUUCCAUUUCGAGAGUCACUUCCACUUCUCCCACAUCGACGCGAGGCUGACCCCCGUGGAUGAAGGCCUCUGCUUCUUCAGCGGCAUGGACCCGCCGACUCCGGAGAUGAUUGAGCUCUUCAAAGAGAACGAGUGGACCCUCAUCGAUGGAGGAGUUCGUGAGGAUUGCCGGUGCACCGCCGACCAGUGCGCCCCUGGCAUUCAUCUGAACGUGCUCACCAUUGCGCCCAAGGUUUGCAUCGUGGAGAAGAAUGAGAAGAGUCUCAUCAAGCUCUUCGGUGAGGAAGGUGUGGACGUCAUUCCGAUCGAGUUCUCAGCCUGCUAUCCCUUUGGCGGCGCUUUGAACUGCUACACUUUGGACAUCCACAGGCAAGGCCCGGCCCAGAAGUCCUACUUCCCCUCGCUGGACGUGGCCGCCGAGAGGCUGGAGGUGAAGCAGCUUCUCCGACAGUGCUCCUAG